UCCUUGUGAAGUAGCAGAAUAAAAUUGCCUAAAGAGGUUUUUAGAAAAUUAUAAAGGCCAACUUUAGCUUUUCUUUUAUCUGUUUCUUAAUCUAAACAUUUUGUUGUUGUUGUUUGUUUUUCAGGUGUUAACAAGAUGUAUAAGGUGUCAACUAUUGUUUUAGUUGUAAUUAUUGUCGUAAUUAUAUGUGUUAUACCAAGAGUAUGGCCAUCUACUCAGUCUUUUUGCCCAGAUGGUUGGAUUGGUUUUCAAAAGAAUUGCUAUUAUUUCUCUAAACAAGAAGAGGAUUGGAAUUCAAGUAAACACCAGUGUUUUACUCAACAUGCUGACCUAACUGUGAUUGACACUAAAGAAGAAAUGAAUUUUCUAAGACAACAAAAAUGUAUUCAUGAUCUCUGGAUUGGGUUGGAGAUGACAGAAAAUCAAUCAGGAAAAUGGGUAAAUGGAAGAAUAUUUAACAAACGGUUUGAUGUGAGAGGAAAUGGAAAAUGUGCUUACCUCAGUGAUGAUGGUGUAGCAACAGCUAGAUGCUACACAGAAAGAAAAUGGAUUUGCAGGAAAGAAAAACUACUACAUAAACCUUUCUGAUCAUGGCUUAUAUAACUGUAGAUGUGGAGGAAAGAGAAGCUUCUAAAGUCUGCAUUCCCACCACUUUGGAAAAAAUUAUGGAGUUUCCUUUGACCUAGAGAUCCAUCCCACUACUGGGAAUAUGUCCGAAGAAACCAGAGGAAACAGUUUGAAAGAACGUGUGCACCCCUGUAUUUACUGAAGCGUUAUAUUUUUUAUUAUGUUUUUACUGAUUGCAGAGAGAAGAAGGAAAAGGGAGAGAGAGAUAGAAACAUUAAUGAUAAGAAUCAC